GGAAGAACAUGGUCUUGGAUUUUUCCUGAGCUGGACAGGCAGACAGUGGGGUCGUUGGUGUGGAAGUUCACUUUUCCUGUCCAUUCAAGGGCAUUGCUAAAGGACUCCGAAGAGCACGUUUAGACGCACUACGGCCUGUCAGCAGGGGCAGUCGGCCUCAUGGACCCUGGAAAACGCGUAGGAGUUCAUCACAAGGGAUGUAUCGGCUGAUAAGUCCCAGCUGUGAGCUGACAUAGACCAUGGGGGACUGGAACCUGCUGGGCAAGCUCCUGGAAAAAGCCCAGGAGCACUCCACCGUGGUGGGCAAGGUGUGGCUCACGGUCCUCUUCAUCUUCCGCAUCCUGAUUCUGAGCGCCGCCACGGAGAAGGUGUGGGGCGACGAGCAGUCGGGCUUCACCUGCGACACCAAGCAGCCCGGUUGCGAGAAUGUAUGCUACGACAUCACCUUCCCCAUCUCUCACGUUCGCUUCUGGGUGCUGCAGAUCAUCUUUGUGUCCACGCCGACGCUGAUCUACCUGGGCCACAUUCUACAUCUGGUGCGCAUGGAGGAGAAGCAGAAGGAGAAGGAGCAAGCACAGCAUCCAGACAGGCCGGCCGUUGUUGUGGAUGCACACAAGCACAAGAAGCCUCUAAUGAGGGACGAUAAAGGCCGGGUUCGCCUGCAGGGGGAGCUUUUGCGCACAUAUGUCUUCAAUGUCAUUUUUAAGACCCUCUUUGAGGUGGGCUUCAUUGUGGCCCAGUACCUUUUGUACGGCUUUGAGCUGAAGCCCAUGUACACAUGUGACAGGCCGCCGUGCCCGAACGCGGUGAACUGCUACAUCUCCCGUCCCACUGAGAAAACCAUCUUCAUCAUCUUCAUGCUGGGCGUAGCCAGUGUUUCCCUCUUCCUCAACCUCAUUGAGAUCUAUCACCUGGGCUUCACCAAGUGCCGCCAGGGCAUCACCUUUAAAAGACGCAACCAGUCACCUGACAGCAUCUCCAAGGAGCCGAGUGACACCGGAGUGCAGUUCGGGCCAACUUAUGACGACUACUUCCACGAGCAUCGCCCGCCAAGCUACAACCUCUCGCCUCUGCCUGAGGGCGCCGACUCGUCCUUCCACCCCUGCCACAGCAAGGCGGCCUACGACCAAAACAAGGACAACUUGGCGGCGGAAAGGAGCAGCAGCAAGACGGAGGAAUGUGACCUGAAAGGGAAGAAGCCAGCAGGGUCGGCCCCCGGGACACCCACGCAGGCCAGGCCGGGCCGCGGUGUCAAACACACCAGCAACAAGACGAGAAUAGAUGAUCUGAAGAUAUGAGGUUUCUCUGUCUGAAGGGUCUUACAUCGCUGUGAAGGGAGUGAAUGUUGUUUGGGAGCGUUCACUCAUAGUGCAGGUUUGACUCAUUCCAUAGUUGACGUUCGAGGUCCUCGGUAAAGUUCUUUUGUUAGACGCAGGAAAUGGUGCACGGUCCACUUUCUGAGGCAAGACAGUACUUGGAAGGAGUGUGAAUCACGGACGUCACUAAGUCUAUGUUAGGGUGGCUAAAAUGUUCCUACGUCUGCCAAAAUUACAGCUGAUUUUUUGUGACACAAGUCAGCAAUAAUAUUAGCAAUAAAAAACAAAUAAGAAUAAAAUACAAAUAACGUCGUUAUUCCAGUGGCACCUCGGUUUUCAUGCAAUUCUUCCCAAAAGAAAGAAUGUAAAUCCAAUGAAUCUGUUUCACAUGCAGAAAACAAUGUGAAAUACAUAUCAGUUAUUGAACGAAAUGGAUGAAUGAACCUUUAACCUCACCUUUCACUUUACGGUGAGGAGUGGACAAGGAAGAGGGGAGGGGUUUAUCCCCACCAACAACAUUAGCGUCCUUGAUUUCUACUUUCUGGAACUUACUGUUCCUUCUUGUUGACUUCCCACACAUCCUGGCAAGAUUGGCCACCUUUUCACUUAGCGAUGAUUUCUUAUUUUGAAUUCGGUAUUGUUUCUCACCUUUAUUAAAAUGUUUUGGCCCCAUGGCGGGUUAUGCAGCAGUCACAUUCAAUGAAAAAAUGCACGGAGUCGGCAGUGCCUAGGGUGCUUUACUUGGGCACUCGAUUCCGUGGAAUGAUACAAUACAGGGCAAACGCACUAGUUUGUACGAUAACUGAGAUGGUGUACGGAAACCACUGCAAAAAUUCUUUGAAAAUCAAAUAGUACGAAAACUGGGGCAUUUGAAAACCGAGGUUUGACUGUGUUUUUGAUUAAAAUGAUGGCAGACAUCACCAUUAGGACCCAAGUGCCGUGUGUUGGUUGGACAACUUCACAUACUUCUUGUCUAGUCACACAACAUCAAUAAAUCAUGUACACGGCGACUUCCUGUUCAGUGCAAACGAAGCUUCAAAAUAAAACAAUGGCGGUUUUCACCUGAAUUCUCUCACACCAGGCAGAAGGUGCAUGUCAUUGCUUCGCAGUUACGCAAAAGGUCAAGAUCCUGAAGUCGGCCGGAGGGGUUCACACAAAUUUCUCACACAUCAGAUUGUAAGUUGAUGUCAGUCCUUGUUCAUGUAAUGUAAAGUUUACUUACGUUGUUCACAACAAGAUUUCCUGAAGACAUACUGUGGUAGUAAAGUCUUCCAGGGAAGGCAAAUAAAGCCAGACACUUUUUCAAAUAAUUGAUUCAUUGAUGAAGCGUAUGUUGGUGCCGUUACAAAAUUCCCGGCAUUCCUAGACAUACACCUAGGGACCAAGCCCCCCCCUAGCUUUCAAACUUAGUGACGUCCCUGGUGUGAAUGGUGAAAAGCUCUUUCCGCCAUUGCGACUGAACACUGAAAUAGAAGUAUGCUCAGGUUUUUAUGGCGGACGUUAAACUCCACAAGAAAACUUGCCACUUUUGAGAACCAAAUCCACGGCUUCAGUUUGGACCUGAAGUCUUCUGAGGAAAUAAGACAAAGUGAAUUAGAACUUCGUCAACAUCCAGCAUCGAUGGAGGCUUGUGCAAUGUUGUGAAAUGCCUGGCACUCAUGAAACCAGUGUAUCCUAUUCCAGGACGUGCCUCAAGAGAGGCUGCAUUCGUCUCAGGAGUUUCCAUAUUUGUCUCUUUCACACUGCAGUAACAUUCUAAGGACAGCUGUUUCUAUCUCGUGUUUUUCUCAUUUGAUUACUGUACCAUACUUGAUGACAAUG